CCCGCCUGCCGCGCAUCGCCCGCGGCUCCGAGCGGGAUCCCGCGCCGCCGCACGUCGCCGCCGCACUUUCUCCGUUUGCUGGGGUGCGACGCGAGGCGAGACCCCCCACACCAUCCCGCCCCGUCGCCCGGAGCCGCCGGGGCGAGGAUGUUUCCAGGCAGAAGCUGAGCGCCGGGGAGGGGCCGCGUCCCCGCCCCCGGACCCCAAACUUUUUUCUGCGGCUCCCCAUGGUGCCCAGGCGGGCAGGAGGGGCCGGGGGCGGACGGCGCUGCGCUUCCUUUCCCCUUCCCUGACGCGGAGGGCAGCUCGUGGGGAGGGGCUCGGCUGCCGGCCCCGAUCUGAAUUUUCAGGGGUCCCGGCUCUGAGUGUCUCCGGGGAAGUUGGACAGGGCGGAGAGCUGCUUGCGGCCCCCCACACCCCGCCGGGAGCUCUGCACAUCGCCUCCGCCUCCCUCCGAGCAGCGCUGCCUCGGAGGUCCCUGCGCCGGGGGACCGGAGAGCAGUGAGGGCUGGAGACGCCGCCGCUCGGAUUAUAAAGUCGGGGAAGUUGCCCCAGUGUCGGCGGAGCCAUGGCCCGGCUCGGGAGUUGGGGGCUGCUGUACGCCGUGCUGCUCGUCCUACUCGGCCCCCCGGGAGCCGUUGCCCAAGAUGAUGUGUCCCCAUAUUUUAAGAUGGAGCCGGUGCGCAGCCAGGUCCACCUGGAGGGGAACCGCCUGGUGCUGACAUGCAUGGCGGAGGGCAGCUGGCCUCUGGAGUUCAAGUGGCUGCACAACAGCCGGGAGCUGACCAAGUUCUCCCUGGAAUACCGGUACAUGAUCACCUCGUUGGACCGCACGCAUGCUGGGUUCUACCGCUGCAUCGUCCGCAACCGGAUGGGAGCCCUGCUGCAGCGCCAAACCGAGGUGCAGGUGGCCUACAUGGGGAGUUUUGAGGACAGUGAGACAGAGCAGAGUGUGUCCCAUGGGGAGGCAGCUGUCAUCCGGGCACCUCGCAUCGCCAGCUUCCCCCAGCCCCAGGUCACCUGGUUCCGUGAUGGGCGCAAGAUCUCCCCCAGCAGCCGAAUAGCCAUCACGCUGGAUAACACCCUGGUCAUCCUCUCCACGGUGGCCCCGGAUGCAGGACGUUACUACGUGCAGGCAGUGAACGACAAGAACGGGGACAACAAGACCAGCCAGCCCAUCACGCUCGCCGUGGCCAACGUGGGUGGCCCUGCCGAUCCCAUUGCACCCACCAUCAUUGUCCCACCCAGGAACACCAGCGUGGUGGCCGGGACCUCAGAGGUGACCAUGGAGUGCGUGGCCAACGCCAGGCCACUGAUCAAGCUGCACAUCAUCUGGAAGAAGGACGGCGUGCCCAUCUCCAGUGGCAUCAGUGACUACAGCCGCCGGCUCACCAUCCUCAACCCCACGCUGGGUGACAGUGGCUACUAUGAGUGCGAGGCUGUGCUGCGCAGCAGCAGUGUGCCUGCUGUGGCUGAGGGUGCCUACCUGUCCGUGCUGGAGCCCCCACAGUUUGUCAAGGAGCCGGAGAGGCACAUCACAGCUGAGAUGGAGAAGGUGGUGGCCAUCCCGUGCCAAGCCAAAGGUGUGCCACCUCCCGACAUGGCCUGGUACAAGGACGCAUCCCUCAUCCAUCCGGAGCAGCUGUCCCGCUUCCAGCUGCUGGCAGAUGGCAGCCUGCAGAUCAGUGGGCUGCUCCCUGAUGACACUGGCAUGUUCCAGUGCUUCGCCCGCAACGCGGCCGGAGAGGUGCAGACCACCACGUACCUGGCUGUGACCAGCAUCGCCCCCAACAUCACGAGGGGUCCCCAGGACAGCACGGUGAUCGAUGGCAUGUCUGUAAUCCUCAACUGUGAGACCUCGGGGGCUCCACGCCCAGCCAUCACCUGGCAGAAAGGGGAGCGGAUCCUGGCCAGCGGCUCAGUGCAGCUCCCACGCUUCACCCUGCUGGAGUCGGGCAGCCUGCUCAUCAGCCCCGCGCACCUGACUGAUGCUGGCACCUACACCUGCCUGGCCACCAACUCCCGUGGCGUGGAUGAAGCCUCCGCUGACCUGGUGGUCUGGGCACGGACACGCAUCACCGACCCACCGCAGGACCAGAGUGUCAUCAAGGGCACCAAGGCCUCCAUGAGCUGCGGUGUCACCCACGACCCCAGUGUGGAUGUCAGGUACGUCUGGGAGAAGGAUGGUGCACCACUGGGCACAGAGAGCGGCCCCCGGCUGCGGCUGGACGAGGCGGGCACACUGCACAUCUCCCAGACCUGGUCGGGGGACAUUGGCACCUACACCUGCAAGGUGCUCUCGGCUGGUGGCAAUGACUCACGCAGUGCCCACCUCCGUGUUCGGCAGCUCCCCCAUGCCCCCGAGAGCCCCGUGGCCAUCUUGAGCCCCCUGGAGAAGCGGGCCAUCAACCUGACCUGGGCCAAGCCCUUCGAUGGCAACAGCCCCCUGCUGCGUUACCUCGUGGAGAUCUCUGAGAACAAUGCACCCUGGACAGUGCUGCUGGCCAGCGUCGACCCCGAGCUGACAUGGGUGGUGGUGCGGGGAUUGGUGCCAGCCCGUUCCUACCAGUUCCGCCUAUGUGCUGUCAACGAUGUGGGCAGGAGCCAGUUCAGCAAGGACACAGAGAGAGUGUCUCUGCCCGAGGAGCCGCCCUCUGCACCGCCCCAGAACGUGAUCGCCAGCGGCCGCACCAACCAGUCCAUCAUGAUCCAAUGGCAGCCACCCCCUGAGAGCCACCAGAACGGUGUCCUCAAGGGCUACAUCAUCCGCUACUGCCUGGCCGGGCUGCCCGUGGGCUACCAGUUCAAGAACAUCACCAAUGCUGACGUCAACAAUCUGCUCCUGGAGGACCUCAUCAUCUGGACCAACUACGAGAUCGAGGUGGCGGCGUACAACAGCGCUGGCCUGGGGGUGUACAGCAUGAAGGUGACGGAGUGGACGCUGCAGGGAGUGCCCACUGUGCCCCCGGGCAACGUGCAGACUGAGGCCACCAAUUCCACCACCAUCCGCUUCACCUGGAACCCCCCCAGCCCUCAGUUCAUCAACGGCAUCAAUCAGGGCUACAAGCUUAUUGCCUGGGAGCCGGAACACGAGGAAGAGGCGACGGUGGUGACGGUGCGGCCCAACUUCCAGGACAGCGUCCACGUGGGUUACGUGGUGGGGCUGAAGAAGUUCACGGAGUAUUUGACGUCAGUGCUGUGCUUCACUACGCCGGGGGACGGCCCGCGCAGCCCGCCCCAGCUGGUGCGCACCCACGAGGACGUGCCUGGCCCUGUGGGACACCUGAGCUUCAGUGAGAUCUUGGACACAUCCCUGAAGGUCAGCUGGCAGGAGCCCCUGGAGAAGAACGGUAUUCUGACAGGCUACCGGAUCUCCUGGGAGGAGUACAACCGCACCAACACACGGGUGACCCACUACCUGCCCAACGUCACGCUGGAGUACCGCGUCACCGGCCUCACCGCCCUCACCACCUACACCAUCGAGGUGGCUGCCAUGACCUCCAAGGGCCAGGGCCAGGUUUCUUCCUCCACCAUCUCCUCGGGAGUGCCACCAGAGCUGCCCGGUGCCCCCACCAAUUUGGGCAUCUCCAACAUCGGUCCCCGCUCCGUCACUCUCCAGUUUCGCCCGGGUUAUGAUGGCAAAACCUCCAUCUCUCGCUGGCAGGUGGAGGCACAGGUUGGCCAGAAUGGUGAAGCUGAAGAGUGGGGGCUCGUCCACCAGCUGGCUAAUGAGCCUGAUGCCCGCUCCAUGGAAGUGCCCAAUCUGAAUCCCUACACCUACUACAGUUUCCGCAUGCGGCAGGUGAACAUCGUGGGCACCAGCCCCCCCAGCCUACCCUCCAGGAGGAUCCAGACCCUGCAGGCUCCCCCGGAUGUGGCACCUGCUAAUGUCACCCUGCGGACAGCCAGUGAGACCAGCCUGUGGCUGCGCUGGAUGCCUCUCCUGGAGCAGGAAUACAAUGGGAACCCCGACUCGGUGGGCUACCGGAUCCGCUACCUGCGCUCGGAUGGGCGAGGGCGGGCAGUGGUGCACACCAUCCAUGACCGUGUGGAGCGAGAGUACACCAUCGAGGACCUGGAGGAGUGGACCGAGUACCGGGUGCAGGUCCAAGCCUUCAAUGCCAUUGGCUCAGGGCCCUGGAGCCAUUUGGUGCUGGGACGAACGCGGGAGUCAGUGCCCUCCUCCGGCCCCAGCAAUGUGUCAGCACAGGCCACGUCCUCCAGCAGCAUGCUGGUGCGAUGGAGCGACAUCCCCGAGGCAGACUGCAACGGCCUCAUCCUGGGCUACAAGGUGAUGUACAAGGAGAAGGAUUCAGAAGCACGUGCCCAGUUCUGGCUAGCAGAGGGCAAUGCCUCCCGCAGCGCCCAGCUGACAGGGCUGGGCAAAUUCACGCUGUACGAGAUCCGUGUGUUGGCCUUCACCAGGAUUGGGGACGGCGUGCCCAGCCGGCCCCCUGUCCUUGAGAGGACUCUGGAUGAUGUACCUGGGCCUCCUGUGGGGAUGCUGUUUCCUGAAGUGAGGACGACCUCUGUGCGGCUCAUCUGGCAGCCGCCUGCAGCCCCCAACGGCAUCAUCCUGGCGUACCAGCUCACCCACCGCCUUAACACCACCACGGCCAACGCGGCUGUCAGCGAGGUGCUGGGCCCCAGCACACGGCAGUACACGGCCACCGGCCUGCAGCCCGAGGCCACCUACCUCUUCCGCAUCGCGGCACAGACCCGCAAGGGCUGGGGAGAGGCAGCUGAAGCCCUGGUGGUGACCACGGAAAAGAGAGAUCGCCCGCAGCCCCCCAGCAAGCCGCUGGUGCGGCAGGAGGACGUGCGUGCCCGCAGUGUUCUUCUGUCCUGGGAGCCGGGCAGUGAUGGGCUCUCCCCCGUCCGCUUCUACACGGUGCAGACCCGUGAGCUGCCCAGCGGUGAGUGGGCACUGCACCCUGCAUCCGUCAGCCACAAUGCCACGGCCGUCAUCGUGGACAGGCUGAAGCCCUUCACCUCCUACAAGUUCCGUGUGAAAGCGACGAAUGACAUCGGGGACAGCGAGUACAGCGAGGAGUCAGAGUCGCUCACCACCCUGCAGGCAGCCCCCGAGGAAGCCCCCACCAUCCUCUCUGUCACCCCACACACUACCACAUCCGUGCUCAUCCGCUGGCAGCCCCCAUCUGAAGACAAGAUCAAUGGGAUCCUGCUGGGCUUCCGCCUCCGCUACCGUGAGCUGCUGUACGACACCCUGCGUGGCUUCACCCUGCACAGCAUUGGCAACCCCAGCACCACGUGGGCUGAGCUCACCCCUGUCUAUGCCGUGCACAACCUCAGCGAGGUGUCCCUCACCCAGUACGAACUGGACAACCUGAGCAAGCACCGGCGCUACGAGAUUCGCAUGAGUGUGUACAACGCAGUGGGUGAGGGACCCCCCAGUCCCCCCCAGGAGGUCUUUGUAGGUGAAGCAGUGCCCACCGGAGCACCGCAGAACGUGGCCGUGAAGGCAGCCACUGCCACCCAGCUGGAUGUCACCUGGGAGCCACCACCCGCCGAGAGCCAGAACGGGGACAUCCAGGGCUACAAGAUCCACUUCUGGGAGGCACAGCGGCAGAAUGAGAGUACACGAGUGAAGACACUGUUCCUGCCCGAGACUGGGGUGAAGCUGAAGAACCUGACAGGAUACACCUCCUACUGGGUCAGCAUCGCUGCCUUCAAUGCUGCUGGAGACGGACCCCGCAGCACCCCAGUUACGGCCCGGACACAGCAGGCAGCCCCCAGCGCCCCCGGUUCCAUCCGAUUCAGUGAGCUGACCACCACAUCAGUGAACGUGUCCUGGGAGCCACCACCGCUGCCCAAUGGCAUCCUGGAGGGUUACAGGCUGAUCUAUGAGCCCUGCAUGCCCGUGGACGGUGAGGGCACAGCGGGGGCAUCCGAGGGGACUCGGGGGGGUCCCGGCUCAGCGUCCAUCCCUGCAGGUGUCAGUAAGAUUGUGACGGUGGAUGUGAAGGGAAACAGCCCGCUGUGGAUGAAGGUGAAGGACCUGGCUGAGGGCAUCACCUACCGGUUCCGGAUCAGGGCUAAAACCUUCACCUACGGACCGGACGUUGAAGCCAACAUCACCACAGGGCCAGGGGAAGGUGCCCCUGGCCCUCCUGGAGAGCCCUUCAUCUCCCGCUAUGGCUCAGCCAUCACCAUCCAUUGGACGAGUGGAGACCCCGGCCAAGGACCCAUCACAAGAUACGUCAUUGAGGCUCGGCCUUCAGACGAGGGGCUCUGGGACAUCCUCAUCAAAGACAUUCCCAAAGAAGUGACCUCCUACACCUUCAGCAUGGACAUCCUCAAGCAGGGGGUCAGCUACGACUUCCGUGUCAUCGCUGUCAAUGAUUAUGGCUAUGGGACCCCCAGCACACCAUCCCCCUCUGUCUCAGCCCAGAAAGCCAACCCCUUCUAUGAGGAGUGGUGGUUCCUGGUGGUUAUUGCCCUGGUGGGGCUCAUCUUCAUCCUCCUGCUUGUCUUCGUGCUCAUCAUCCGCGGGCAGAGCAAGAAGUAUGCCAAGAAGUCAGACUCGGGAAAUGGCUCCAAAGCAAACGCCCUGACCCACGGUGAGAUGGUGAGCCUGGAUGAGAGCAGCUUCCCUGCCCUGGAGCUCAACAACCGGCGCCUUUCCGUCAAGAAUUCCUUCUGCAGAAAGAAUGGCAUCUACACCCGGUCCCCGCCGCGCCCCAGCCCCGGCAGCUUGCACUAUUCGGAUGAGGAUGUGACAAAGUACAACGACCUGAUCCCCGCUGAGAGCAGCAGCCUGACAGAGAAACCCUCCGAGGUCUCCGACUCCCAGGGCAGCGACAGCGAGUACGAGGUGGAUCCUGGUCACCAGAAAGCCCACUCCUUUGUCAACCACUACAUCAGUGACCCCACCUACUACAACUCGUGGCGGAGGCAGCAGAAGGGCAUCUCACGGGCACAGGCGUACAGCUACACCGAGAGCGACUCUGGGGAGCCCGACCACACACCCCUCUCCAACAGCACCUCCACACAGCAGGGCAGCCUCUUCCGGCCCAAAGCCAGCAGGACUCCCACCCCACAGACCCCCGGCAACCCCCCCAGCCAACCUGGCACCCUGUACCGCCCGCCCAGCAGCCUGGCCCCCGGCUCCAGAGCCCCCAUCGCUGGGUUUUCCUCUUUUGUUUGAUACUUAAAGGGGAGAGCAGAAGA